AUGAAAAAUAAUUACGCUCCAGUUUCAGAUUCCGAUGACUCUUCCAAAUUGCUCAAUGAUAAAAAGUUAGACAUUCGUUCUUUAGAUGGUACUGGUACAUCUCCUCCGUACUCGGGCCUUGCAAUUAUUGUACUAUUUUUACAUGUUGUUUUUUUAUCCAUAACACAGGUUUACGAGAUUCGUCGGUAUUCAAAAGUAUUCUAUUUCAUUGCUGGCGGUUCUAUUGAAUCCACUUUGAUUUUCUUAUUCAUGAAUGCAGGUGUGCUUGAGCGGCUCCGAUUAUUUUGUUUUUAUACGGUAUGCGGAAUGGGAUGUUUUAUAAUUCUGUAUGGAAGCCACAAAAUUUUUUUUGGAGCCGCCAUGAAGUUUGUAGGAAAUGCUUCGGGUGAUACUUCUGAACCUACAAAUCAAAGAGGAAUUACCUCAAAACGAGAAACCGAGCUUCAACAUCUUGAUAAAAAAAGUGAUGAAGUUUGA